CAGGGAUGAAGUCUGUCAUGGCCUGCGGAUCUGGACUGGUUCAGCGGCUGGACUUUUCUAGCAGCGAUGAGGAGACCGGCAGCGCCGCCGAAGACGCUUUCAGGAGCCCCCGGAAAUCUAGAGAGCCACCGGCGUGGAGGGCCAGCAGAAGCCCGUUCCCCACCACACCUCAGCGGAAUGAGCGAGGCGUCUCCCCGGCCCUUGAGGACGCUCUCGACGGGAGUCCUUGCAGUGCUAGUGACUGCUCCCCAACACCUGAUCGCAAGGGUGCGAAUGCAGAAUGUCCCGGGACCCCUCUGCACUACAGCACAUGGAAGAAACUGAAGCUCUGUGAUACCCCUUAUACCCCAAAGAGCCUGCUGUAUAAGACCCUUCCCUCGCCUGGCUCCAGGGUACACUGCAGGGGACAGAGACUCCUGCGCUUUGCGGCUGGCACCGGAGCCGGCCUUAAUGGCCCUGCGCUGGUUAACGUUAACCCCUUCACCCCUGAAACCUAUCGUCAAAUGCAAUUCCAGCCUAAUGGCAAGAGGAAGGAGAGAGAUGAAUCUUGCAGGUCUGAUCCAUUAAAAGCUGUGGAAAACGAACAUUUUGGUCUUCAGUCCAAGAGGUUUAUGUUAAGGGAAAGAAACAUGGUGUCUCGCUACAAGACUGAGUUCUUGGAGAUAGAAAUAAUUGGUGCUGGAGAGUUCGGCUCGGUUUACAAGUGCGUGAAGCGCCUGGAUGGAUGUCUUUAUGCCAUCAAACGCUCCAAGCAGCCGUUGGCUGGGUCCACGGAUGAGCAGCUUGCAUUGCGUGAAGUCUACGCGCAUGCUGUGCUUGGACACCAUCCCCAUGUGGUACGGUACUAUUCUGCCUGGGCUGAGGAUGACCACAUGAUUAUCCAGAAUGAGUACUGUAAUGGUGGCAGCUUGCAGGACCUGAUCAAUGAGAACAGCAAGAGUGGACUCCUCGUGAUGGAGCAGGAGCUGAAGGAGAUCCUCCUCCAAGUGUCCAUGGGACUGAAGUACAUCCACAGCACUGGCCUGGUGCAUAUGGACAUGAAGCCAAGUAACAUUUUCAUCUGUCGGAAGAUAGCGGGGAACGCGGAGGAUGAGAGCGAUGGUGAAGACGAUCCAACGUCUGCUGGGGUCUCGUACAAAAUCGGUGACCUUGGGCACGUGACAUCUACGACUAAACCGCAGGUUGAAGAAGGGGACAGUCGGUUCCUGGCCAAUGAGAUCCUUCAGGAGGAUUACAGCCAGCUGCCAAAGGCAGAUAUCUUUGCCCUUGGCCUCACCAUAACAGUGGCAGCUGGCGCAGACCCCCUUCCCUGUAACGAUGACGCCUGGCACCAUAUCAGGAGGGGCAACCUACCGGAAAUCCCACAGCCACUCACCCCUGCCUUCCAUGACCUUCUCAAGGUGUUGAUUCACCCAGACCCAGCUAGGAGACCAGCAGCUGCUGCCCUCGCUAAGAACCUGGUUCUGAGACGUUCCGUUGGGAAAGCUGCUCAGCUCCAGAAACAGCUGAACGUGGAAAAGUUCAAGACGGCCAUGCUGGAAAGGGAACUGAAAGCUGCUAAAUUAGCUCAGAGUUCCAGCAAGGAUGUGUGUCCCGAUCUCCCCUCCAAGGCGGACAUGCUGUGCCAGGGCAGGAGGCGUCUUGUUGGUGGUAAAAACACACGCUCUUUGAGUUUCACCUGCGGAGGUUAUUAAGCAGCCCGUCUGUCAAACUGCCGUAACGUUUCUCCGGCU